AUGAAUAUUUUAUCCUAUGGACCUUUUAAAUUGACAAAUUUUUGUUGCCUAAGAAUUCAUUUUCAAUUCAGAUUUAAUGAGUUAGAUCUUUUGAGUGUUUGUAGACCUUUCGUGUUGGAAAAAUAUAUUAAAUCUGAGAAGGGAAUUCAAAAAAUGCGUACUAGUUUGGGACCUAAUAAUUAA